CACCGCGUCACUUUGAGGGCGGAUAUCGGCCGGUCCUCAUCCUCUCUUCCUCCUCCUCUUCCUACCUUCCCUGCACUCUCCCACUCGGUCUCCAUCAGUCUUCAUGGUUCUGAUCUCACCCCACGCCAUGCAAGCCACCCGGGCGUCCACCACCGUCAGUGUGUUUGCGGACUGCAGCAUCCCGGCCGGGCUCCGGAUAGGACCGGUACCGGGCAUCUUCAAACUCGGGAAGUACGUGUCGGACCGUAAGGACGUUGGACCCAAGAAGAAGAUCCGCUUGGUACGGGGGGAAUUCGUGGAUGAGUCGGGCUGUCCAGUGCCAGACUGGAUCGGAUUCAUCCGCGCCGCCAGGAACAGCCACGAGCAAAACCUGGAGGCUGUGUCGGACUUACCUGGCGGACAGAUUUUCUACCGCGUGCUGAGGGAAAUCCCUGCAGGAGAGGAGCUCAGUGUUUGGUACUCCAACGCUCUGGCUCAGUGGUACGACGUCCCCACCACGGCCACUCCCACACACGACGAAAAAGGUGAGGAGCGUUACAUCUGCUGGUACUGCUGGAGAAUAUUCAAAUACCCGAACACACUCAAGGCCCACGUCCACUUCCACUGCGCCCUGAGCAACGGACGGGGGUUUGUGAGCAGCGAGCAGGCCAGAGGCACGGAGUCCUUCAGCAGGUCACCAAAGUCUGGAGACAUCCCCAACACCUCUACCUCUCCGAGGAGCGGUCACAGUAACUCCUCCAUCUCAGACUCUGGCAGGCGGGCAGUGCCCUCCUCGCCGUUUCUAAACAAAGUGGGGCUGUCAAAGAAAAGCAGCUCAGAGGAGCAGGACAGGGCCCUCGACAUGAGCGUUACCUCAGCCAGAAACCAAGGACACAUCCUCGGCCUCGGCGCCACAUCAUCAGUGCUGAGCAGCAUGGGCUUCCACCCGGGUGUGCGCUCUGCCUUCAAACCAACCGGCGUCUCCAAAGUCCCGGGCGCGGACGCCUCCAGAGAGGACGCAAAUGGGAAGCUGAGCGGUCUGGGAUUCAGCAAACUCAUUGGAAACAUGAAACCAAUCCGCAAUGUAGGCGAGACUCUAAAUGGAGGAGGGAACCACCCUCCCAAGUGCGCACCUGCAAUUAUGGACUCCGCAUCUCCAAUUGUGCCGUGCACAAACGGUAUCCGAGGUUUCCCGUUGCUGCCUCAUAUGGAGGAGACCUCAGCUUUUAAGCACGUAGAGAGUCGGAUGCACUCCGGCCUGUCCCCGUCGCGUUAUCCCCAGAUGCCCCCUGGACUCCAUUUUGAGAGGUUCUCUCUCCCUCACUUCGACGGUGUCAAGACUUAUGGUGGAGACUGUAACAUCCCACUCAUGCCCUUCACUGUCUAUAACGGGGAGCUUCUGUAUAGCUCACCUUACUAUCCGCUGAAAUUCCACUUCAGCAACCUCCUCAAGUACCCGGAGUCCAUGUCCUACUUCGGUGCGCCCUCACUGAACCAAGACAUAGGCUCAAUCGCCAACAUCGACCGGGAGAUCGCUAUGCACACGCAACAGCUGUCUGAAAUCGCCGCGGAGAAGAACCGGACGAGGCUGGACUCCAUGCCCGCCGGGAGCGCCAGCAACCCCGGGUCUGGCAAACCGAAAAAGGGACACCUGUGUCUGUACUGCGGCAAGCUGUACUCGAGGAAAUACGGCCUGAAAAUACACAUGAGGACUCACACAGGUUACAAGCCGCUCAAGUGCAAAGUGUGCUUCAGGCCGUUUGGAGACCCCAGCAACCUGAACAAACACAUCCGGCUGCACGCGGAGGGGAACACGCCCUACAGGUGCGACUUCUGCGGCAAGGUGCUGGUGCGGAGGCGGGACCUGGAGAGGCACGUCAAGUCCAGACAUCCCGGGCAGACCAUCAAGAAAGUGGACGACAAACCGGGCGGCUUGUUCGAGGACGCAGAGCACAAGAGCGACAAUGACAGCGAUGUGGACGUGUGCUUCACCGACGACCAGAGCGACCAAGAGUCGAGCAAAAAUAAUGACUGAGAUGUGUUCAUGCCCACAGAGGGACUUCCCAUUGACUUUAAAUUAUGUACACAACAAAACAUGUCAUUUAGUCUUGUACUGAACCUUGAAUUUUUACAUUUUAGACAUUGACCCAAGGGCGUCUGAACUACUUGUCACCAGAUUUUCCAAACUUAAUAAUAAUUCGCAGUUGAAAUAUUGCUUUUUGACUCAGAGGGGACUCGUGUUUUUCUUUGGUAUUUCAUCAUAAUGUAUUAGAGAAACCAAUAUCAAAUUUGGGCAUACACAUAAAAGUUAAUUUCCACAUAGUUGUUGUCACAGCUAUCGGGCAGGUAGUCGUCGGUGUCUUGCUCAAGGACACGCGAACAAUGUUUCUUCUGUCUUUCUGUCUUUAUCUGCUGCGUUUCAAAAUACUAACACUUCUACAAAACCAUGAAAACAACUGCGCACAAAACACGAACAAUGAUCCAACAUCAUUUACAGACAUUUUCAAGUGUGAAUAUGAGGCUAAAUGACUUCUUAAGUUAGAUAUAUUUUUUGCCAAAAAAAAAAAAAGGUAACAGGACUGUCUUUUGUAAUAUGUCUCGCCCUGAGAAAAGAUCUAUGGAAAUAUAAAAGCUACUUAACAAGGCCUAAUCCAAAAAUAUGAGCACUACAUUCCAUCAGACUGGAUAUGGACACAUUUUGAAAAAUUAUGAGCUGCAAAAGAAUAUGAUUCUUAUUUUUCUAAAUUUUGUUUCGCUUUUAUUGUGAAUAAAAAUGGGCAACACAUUCACACUAUUCCCAUAUUCCCUUUUUAAACUGUCAGUUGCACUUUAAAAACAGCAAUGGGCAUUUCAUUUCAACAAAACAGAUGCAUAAUGAUUAUAUUAUAAUCGAACUUAUUUCCAUGCCCCUCAUUAAAAGAUCUCGGACUCCCUGCGCCUCACCGAAUAACACACUGUACUCUAAUUUGCACUUUCUUGCCAAGGCGCGCUGUUUCUUAAAGAAGCAGCCAGCAGCAGCGCCCAGUUUAUUUAAGGAAUUAUUUCUAGAGAAAGAAAAUUGUAUUGAUUGCAGUAAUCGCCAAUGUAAAGAAGUGUAAAGUAUGAUAUUUCACAUUUCAGUGGAGAAGUGUUGUAUACGUUUGUUUAUAAGUGAUAUUGUCUAUGAGCACAAUAUUUUACUCCUGUCCAUUAAGUCGUUGGUUUUUGAAUAAAUUUAAUUUAAAACAUCAAAAAAA